AAAGAAAAAAAAAAGGAUAAUAUCUGCUUUAUCAGGACAUGCUUCCUGUAUGCAAAGAGGACUGAGCCAAGCAGAGUGAACAUUAUCAUUUAUUUUCACUGAAGAGUAACUUAUUACUGAGUGUCAUUCUACUCAGCGUGCUCUUCUAAUACUGAUUAUGCCAAUAACCUGAGCAAACAAACUGGAAGUUGCUACAGCUCAUGCUUUGGCAAAAGGUCAUUCACCUUGUGCUGUAAAUGGUCCCACUAAAGAGGUGUGUUUUUCAGGGGCUGGAGUGUACCUCAGCUGCUGAACUGGCCUUCACACAUGACUCAGGAGCAGAGUGAAUCACAGCUGGUAGCAUACCCAGAGCAGCAGCACAGGGAGCCUUGUAUUACCACGGUGCUGGAGGAGAUGUCUUCGGAUGACAGGGCUUAAAGAAGAAAUGUAGCUUCCUCCCUGCUGGGAACUCCACGUUUCUGGCAUCUCCACGCUGAAGAAAUACUGUGAAGGUGUGAUCCAUCCCAUCUGCAUACACAAAUAUGAAGUUCUUCUGGAUAAUCCCAUUUUUCCUGCUACAAGCUGAGGCAGAGCACAAGUACCUCCCAACCACCCUGGCCAGCACACACAUGGAUGAGCACACAGCAGGCAACAUUACCCUUCCACUGGGCUUGGAACUGGAAGAGCUGGAGGAGCUGCUCUGGUUCUUCCGCAGAGAAGACCCCUCAACAUGGAAUUACUCUGUUCUUGCGCUGUCCCUCGCGACCAUGAUUUUGGGUCUCGUUCUUCUGACCAUUAACAUUGUGCGGAACAGGUGAGACGGGAAAAUUUGAGAAUCUUUUGGUGUGUGGUGGUGCCCUGAAAGCCUCCGAGGCAAAAAGCCACGGGGUGAUGGGGAGAAGAGCAAACUCCCUUUGAACCAUUUUUUGUUAUAAAACCUUGCCUGAUGCCUGCUCAUUGUGUCACUUGGGACAAGCCCCUUCUUGAGCCCUGGAUGGAAUAGAGGUCUGCACAGCUCUGCCCAGCCCAACAGGGCUGCUGGGAGGGAAAGGAUGGUAACUGGUUGAGGUGCUCUCCCCUAAGUACAGGGGCUCUGGAGCAGGACUCCCAGCCUUUCCCCAUGCACAUCCCCACAGAGUUCCCCGGUGGCUGCACAACCCCGCAGCUGAGGAGCAAGUCACUGUUUGCUAGGGCACGAAAACGUAGCACUGAGUCAGACGAGAGAAGCGCUAACGCUGCGAGCCUGCCUCGCUCUCCCUCUAGUGACGGCUGGCUGCGUGCUGCUCCUGGCGUCAGGAGCUGGGCGCUCUCCAAGUGUGAAUCGCACAGCCGUGUGUGCUCAAACACUUCA